UCAUCAUGGACACCAAGGUAACAUUCGUAUAUUUAGUGGUGGCGAGCGUAGCCUUGGGUUACGAGUACCCGGCUCCAGCGGUGCAGCUCUCCUACGACGACUACAAGGCGCAGGAACCUUCUUAUUCUGUGCCCGACGAUACUUACGAGGCGCCGCAGCCGAGCUACUCUCCGCCAGCGCAGGUCUACAAGGCGCCGGAGCCUGCUUACUCUGCCCCUGCCCCUACCUAUAAGGCCCCUGAGCCUACCUACUCUGCCCCUGAGCCUACUUACUCUAUCCCUGCCUAUAAGGCCCCUGAACCUACCUACUCUGCCCCUGCCCCUGCCUAUAAGGCCCCUGAACCUACCUACUCUGCCCCUGCCCCUGAACCUACUUACUCCACGACUCCACCCUGCCCCUCCUACUCUGCCCCUGCUCCUGCUUACAAAGCCCCUGAGCCUACCUACUCUGCCCCUUCCCCUAGCUACGAUGCACCAGCAGUGGCCUAUUCUGAGGUAAGAGUGAAUAUAUUGUAAUUUAUCUCGCCUUCAUUAUUACAGAUGUCCUAGAACUUCACAUAACGGCGAACGCAUAUAUUGGGAAGUGCAAUACAACUUAGUAGAAAGAAGUUAAUACGGAUGGCUUUUCUUUACUAUGGGAUUAACCAUAACGCAGUAAUUAGCCAGUUCAGCUGUGGCACUUCAGUUCACUUCUCAGUAGAAAGGUAUUGGAGUAACUGCUUACUCGUUAUAGUAAAUAACAAGUAACGAGCCCAUUCAAGGACUAAUAUACGAGAAAAGUGGUUUAUUGGGAACGUCACUUUUUCAUGAAAUCACCCAAGCGAAAGAAGCUUCCAAUUCUAUAAGAAUCCUCUAAGAAAAUGAACUAGUUGCUACUCAAAAAGUAAAUA